AGUAUAAAAUUGAGUCAAAUUAAUGUUAGAAAUUUAUGUUGAUUUAAUACUUUAUACACGCUUCAAUUGCGACCCAUUACUGCACGAAUGGAAAAAGCUGGCAGCAAUCGGUUGCCAUUCUUCUGUAAACGUGCGCACAACGUCGACGGCCAGCGAGUCAGCCAGUAUUUGUCGUUGGAGAGAAAUUGGGCAGGAAAAUUAUUCUCGCCGCCGGUUAGAGUCUGCAGCAGACACUAUCAAAUUAAAUUAACGAAAUUCUGUGGCAUCAUGUAUCGGCUAGCAGUUAUUGAGUGCAAGAGUGCGAUGCAGCGCACUCUGCCUCCAACCAGCAGCAGACAAUACAGUAACAAUAACAACAGAAGCCACGGCGGUAAUGGACAACAGCAGCAACAACAACAACAACGGCAAAAAGGCAGCCUGCCCCCGCCACCUAACGCACGCGAAGCUGGCUUUGGCAAAGUGAUGCUCCUAUUGACACCACUGGCUGCAGUCGGCGGCGUAAUCACCUAUUCCAAAUACGACAAGGAUUUCCGUAAUAUGGUUGAGAAGAAUGUGCCUGGCGCUGAAUCAGUCAUCAAAGUCGUGCUGCAGGAGGAGGCACCGUUCCAGGGCAUAACCAAAAAUGUAAACGAACAACUCGACAAAGUUAAGUCGACCUUUAAUAGCGUAUCCGACUCGGUAAGCUCCGCUUCUAAUAAGGUAACGAGUUUCUUUGGCGGCAAGAGCGUUCCCGAUGUAAAACCUGCAUCCACCAAACCAAGCCCGCCCACGGUACAAAAAUCAGAAGCACCGAAAGCUAAAGAAACUGCCCCAGUCAAAAGUGAACCAAAAACUGCUGCCAAGUCGGAUCCAGCACCGCCAGAAGCAAAACCCGCUCCGCCAAAGGUGCAACCGUUGCCACAGGAAGUCUUGGAACUGGAGAAGUCCAUUGAGCUGUCAGCGCAGCUGGCGAUCCAGGAAUAUAAUGCUGCCAUUGGAAUUUUAAAGAGUUUUAAUGAGGAUGUCCGACGUGUGGUCGACAAGGCGGUUGAGCAUGGUGAGAACUCGCUCUGGGCGACACUGAAGAACCGAGCAAGUGCUAGAGAUACGGCUGUAUCGAAAGCUGAGCGUGCGGCUCGUGAAGCUCAGGAAAAGAUUGAGCGCUGUGAAGUUGCUUUGAGCAAAGCGGCCACUGCAAAGAACCAUGAGAAGGUAGAGAAUGUGCGUAACAAGAUUAAAAAGCUUGUGUCGCACAUUGGCAAAGCCAAGGACGAGCUGUAUAGACAAAAGGAUACGGCGAGUGUAUCUGACAAAUAUUGGCGCAGCGUUGAGCAGGCACGCAACUAUUUCAUUGACGAAAUCGAGUCCAUUUUCCCUGGCAUUAAUCUGUCUGAAAAAAAGUUGAACUUAUCGAAAGAGGAUUUGGAUUUGUUCAUACUGCACGCCUACUCACAUGUGGUGGCCUACCAAAAAGAAUUGCAGCGCCUGCAAACCGACGGCGAAUUGCGUCUGAAGCGUGCCAUUGAUUCCUUGCGAGGUGAUAAUAGCUCCGAGGCACUGCGUGCCCAACUUGAGUUUCAUCUGGAGGCGGAGAAGCGCAAGCUCUCGGUGGAAAAUCAAAAAAAGAUAUUCCAAAUCCAUGCAGAUGCGGACAAGCAGUUGCGUUUGCAGCUCAAAAAACAGGCCGAAGCCCACACGGAUCACAUUAAGGAUAUUGUGGCACAACGAGAAACGGAUAUGACGCGCGCUUUUCAGCGCGAGCUGGAUGAAAAACUGGCUGCCGAAAAAGCCAACUACAAACUCCAGCUGGCUGCUAUGCUUGGCAAGCUGCGCGGAAUGGAUGCUGCAUUAGCUGAACGCGCUGAAACUGAGCGCUCUGCCAACCAGGCGCAAGCCUUAUGGGCUGCCUGUCAAGCGCUUUGGGCUUCAGUGCGCACGGCUACACCCGGUGUGCAUUAUAAGGAUAAAUUGCGACCCCUGAAGAACGAGAUCAGUGCUAUUGCAAAGGUGGCUGAGGGUGACGAACUGGUGAUUGCCGUUUUGGAAAAUAUGCCUAAGGAAGCUCAGGAGCGCGGAGUGUUCCCCGAGGAUGCGCUACGUGAACGCUUCCUAAACGUUGAGCGAAUUGCUCGCCGUUUGGCGAUGGUACCCGAAAACGGAGGAAGCCUGCCCAUUUAUUUCCUAUCUUUUCUGCAAUCACUUUUUAUUUUGCGGCCAGAUAAUCCCGUCUCUAGGGAUGAGCUGGAGAACAAACCCUUUGACUACAGCAAAUUGGACACGUAUGAUAUAUUGAAUAGAGCCAGGUACCAUGUCGACCGUGGUGACUUCCUACAGGCGCUUAAAUACUUGAACCUACUAGAGGGUGCACCCCGUGAAGUUGCCAGCGACUGGAUGAAGGAGACUCGCCUCAUGCUGGAGACACAGCAAGCGGCAAAUACGUUGAUGGCGCAUGCCGCAGCCAGUGGUUUGAUGUACUUGUAAAUUAUGUUCCCUAUCACGUCGCCCAUUUAGUUAUCGAUUUGUUUUAAUUUUACUCUAAAAAGUCUAUCAAAAAAAAUCACUACUUAAAAAAACAUUGU